CUACGAUUUGCAAUAAAAAUUUUCAUGUUACUUCCAAUAAUUACCGUCAUCGGGUCAUGGUCAGCGGCAAAGAAUUUCGUAAUAGCCUGAGAAAGGGACUAUCGAAUGCACAAAAAACAAAGGGAUGCCGACUCGUUCCUGCGUUCACGAUUCAAGCCUUACAAAAAGGAACAUGCGUUAUUCCGCCACCCAAAUGCAACGCCUUCAAGGAAUCUGUACCGAAAUCAUCAAAAUUUCGCAUGAAUUAUAUGAGAGGUAACUUGCCGAUAGCGAUGGAAGCCAAGGGCAGUAAAGUAUCUUGGAAGGCCGAUAUUGGCAAGUUAGAUUUCCACUAUUACCUGCCGAUGUUCUUCGAAGGCCUGUGCGAAACGGAAAAUCCAUUCAAACUCUUUGCCCAGCAGGGGAUACACGACAUGUUGACGCACGGUGGGCAAAAAAUAUUCCCUUGUAUCCCGCAACUUAUAAUUCCAAUAAAAGACGCGCUCAAGACGAAAAACAAAGAGGUCAUGUGCACUACCUUAAAAGUGCUGCAGCACCUUGUCAAAUCUGGCGAUAUGAUUGGAGAAGCUCUCGUUCCCUAUUACCGUCAAAUUUUACCAACGUUAAAUUUGUUUAAGGACAGGAAUGUAAACUGCGGAGAUGAAAUUGACUACAGCCAAAUGCGAGGCGAUAAUCUGGCGGAUAUAAUUAAUGAAACUCUCGAAAUAUUGGAAAAAUAUGGAGGUGAAGAUGCAUUUAUAAACAUUAAAUAUCUUAUACCUACUUACGAGUCCUGCAUGAUGAAUUAAGAAAUUGCAAUAUAAAUACAAUAAAGUGA